AUGUCGAGCGAAAGUUCUUCAACAUGUUUCACGACAGUUCGUUCGGCAUGUUGCAUCAUUCCACCUAUGGAGGUAUGGCCCUCGAUAUAUACGGAUCAUUCUCCAGAGAGUGUUUUGGAUUAUGAUCAUAAUAAAGCCUUGUGGCAAGCUCAUAUUAAUGUAACAUAUCCAUUCGUUGCCCAAGCAGGAUUUUCGGCAGCUAAAACAAAAUUGAAACAAAUAUUGAAGGAAAAUUCCAUUUCGAGUUUUGAAAUACAGCUUUCAGAUUUUGACAUUUUUGAACAUACUCAUACUUCGAUCAUUUUCAUGCGACCGAGAGUUCUUGGAGACUCUAGAGGAGAUGAUCUGUUGAAAUUAAUUCAUGACUUGAUUGUUACAUCCUUCAAUAUUAAGGAAAAUCAUCCUUAUGAACCUCAUUUAUCAGUGGCUUAUGUGAAAACAGAAGAAGUGUUGAAACGAAAACGACGAUUUGAGGAAAGACUUUUACAGCCCAUUCGAUUCAAAGUGGACAGAUUACACUUUUUGGCAACUUCCAAAGACAAUGGUAAAAUGUACAGCAAGUGUGAAAUUAUUUUAGAUUAG